AUGCGUCGUCCUGCUGUUCAGCCCUUCCGGACCGCGCUUCAAUGCAGUGUUCGGGGGCUUCGUGCUAGCAGCCGCCGCGGCGCAUCCCAUUCUUUGCUCUCGUCGAGCGCGACGACACGAUUCCCGUCUAACAACAACUCUUCCUCCUCGUCAUCCGCCGCUUCGACCCGCCGUUUCCUCUCGACGACCUCCCCGACGCGCAGUCAUCGUCCCCGGACGAUCACUCAUGUGUCGUCGGCCCUGCCGCCUCGCCUAGCCUCCAUGUACCUGCGUCGCUCUGCUGUCCUCGUGUCUGCCCUCGUGGGCUUCGGUGCCUGGUACCAGUACGGCGGCAACGUCUCGGACUUCAGCCUCCUGAAACGCACCUACUCCUCGUCGGCCGGCGACGGCGGCAGUUCUUCGACGGCCACGACCAGCGCCGCGCUGCCCACACGCUCCGUGCUAGUGGUCGGGGCCGACGAGCUGCAUACGGGCACCAUCGUCGGCGAGGGCCCCAUAUCCAAGGUCACUGGCGACGACGGCCGUCGCGUCAUCGAGAUGCUUACGCCCGAGCAGGCCACCGCCAAGUUGAGGCGGAAUGAGCAGUCGUAUUUGAUUAAUCGUGGGCAGGGCGUCGUGCGCUAUGAUUUGGUGCAGCUGCCGAGCAACGAUCCAAUUGAAGACGACCAUGCUGAGACGAUUAUUACCGUGCCGGAGCGGGAGCCCGGUGCUGGGACAAGCGACUGGAUGUUCUGGGGUGUCUUUGAUGGACAUUCAGGCUGGACAACCUCCGCCAAGCUACGCCAAGCCCUAGUCAACUACGUCGCUGUCGAGCUCAACGAAACCUACAAGGCCGCGGGCGGCUCGAUCCCCGCCCCCGACACCGUCGACGCAGCUAUCAAAAAAGGCUUCCUUAAGCUCGACGACGAGAUCGUCCACCAGAGCGUGCAAAAAGUCCUCCAAGCCAACAACAAGACCGCCGCGGCCCAGCUCCUCGCCCCCGCCCUCUCCGGCUCGUGUGCCCUCCUCUCCUUCUACGACUCCCGCUCCCAGUUGCUGCGCGUCGCCUGCACCGGCGACUCCCGCGCCGUCCUCGGCCGCCGGCUGCCCAACGGCAAGUGGACCGCCACGCCGUUGUCGGUAGACCAGACGGGGAGCAACCCUGACGAGGCAGAGCGUCUGCGUAGGCUACAUCCCGGCGAGCCGAACGUCGUGCGGAAUGGCCGGGUGCUGGGGGGGCUGGAGCCGACAAGAGCGUUUGGCGAUGCAAGCUACAAGUGGUCGAGAGAAGUCUCGGAGAAGCUGCGGCAGCACUUUUUCGCUAGGUCGAUCUCGCCUAUCCUGAAGACCCCGCCGUACGUCACCGCCGAGCCGGUGAUUACUACUACCAAGAUCGAGCCCGAAAGGGGCGAUUUCGUGGUCAUGGCCACCGACGGACUGUGGGAGAUGUUGACAAAUGAAGAGGUCGUCGGCCUCGUCGGCAAGUGGCUGGAACACAACGGGCACAAACUCAACCCCAACAGUGCUGGUGUCGCUGCUGCUGGUGGCAGCACCUCUCACUUCGACACAGUCUGGUCGCGCAUUUUCGGUUCCCGGUCUAGCACCUCCGGCCUACCCGUCGAAGUCCCCCCUCCCAGCACAAAAGACUCGGCCGAGGGACAGAAAACCCCAUUCCGAGGCGUCCGCCAAUGGAGCGGGACCGACGCGGAUGGGCCGUUUGUGGUGCAGGACAGCAAUGUGGCUACGCAUCUGGUGAGGAAUGCGUUGGGCGGGAGGAACCAGGAGCAGGUAAGUGCGUUGUUGACGCUGCCGGCGCCGAUUUCACGGAGGUAUAGGGAUGAUUUGACGGUACAAGUGAUUUUCUUUGGGAAUGGGGAACGCACAACGGGGGAGGUGAUGGUAAAUGAGGAGGCGACGGCGCCCGUUAGGGCGAAGUUGUAG